AUGGAGGAGCGUGAGCUCUGCUUUCCACACAUCAACUCCUCCUGUAGAAAGCCGAUACGCUCAAAGGCUGAUGACCUACUGAAUUACAGCGUGCUGCCCCUCAUCUCUCUGCUCACCACCAUCCUCAACCUGCUGGUCAUCAUCUCCAUCUCCCACUUCAAUGUGAUGCUGUGGGACAUGUUCAUUCAGCCUGACCGGUUUAAAUCCUGCCAGGGCGAGUGUAUAAUAGCUUUAGAUAAUAAUGAGGCAAUCAUAGACUUUGUCCUGAUCUUUGUGGGCCCUGUAUCUGUGGUCAUAGUUCUGUAUCUCAGGGUGUUUGUGGUGGUGGUGUAUCAGGCUCGGGCCAUGAGGGGUCAGAUUAGAGCCAUAACUGUGAAACGAUCAGAGGCCGUGCACGUCAGGAAAUCUGAGCUGAAAGCUGCCGGGAUCCUAGGAGUGGUUGUGGUUGCUUUUCUGUCGUGUUACUUCCCAUAUUACUGCUCUUUCUUUGUAGGGGAUAGUUUUCAGUUUAGUUUGACAGCUGUGCCUUUGCAGACCUGGCUGCUGUACUUAAACUCCUGUCUGAACCCACUCAUCUAUGCCUUUUGCUACCCCUGGUUCAGGAAGUCUGUUAAGCUCCUACUGACACUAAAGAUUCUUCGCCGUGGCUCCUCUAGGCUGAACGUACUGUAG